AAUGGUUUACCCCCCAAAGACGUAUUUGCCCCUCCCUCUUUCUCCACCCACUCAGCGAUGAAUCCCUUUCUCUUUCUCUUGUCAACUGAGCUCGUCCAAGGGUUCGCAACAAGGCGAAGAUGAUCGUGGCGUUGGGGAGGUCCUCCAAUUUUUUGCAUCUGUGGGUGAGAGCUUCUUCACAGAGUCGACGAAGAAGACGACAUCACUGGACAGAACAAAGAACACAGCUUCUUCUUAAGUCUUCAAGUUCAACCUUGGACCGUGCUUUUGAUAAAACGUCAAGAGACUCAAGCAACUAGUGAGCUAGGGUUUAUAGCACACAACGCGGCGGGGCUUCUCUCUCUCUCUCUCUCUCUGUGAAAAUGUCUCUGGAAAAUCAUCAUCCGUUGACCUCAAUUUCUUCAUCAACCUCAGGUUUCUUAGGCCAAAACAAAUUAAGCAUCAGAACCCAGAAUCUUUCUAUUCCGGCGAAAAACAGUGGGAUUUCUAGAUGCAUUGCAACCCCUACCCUAGAGAAGAAUGAAGCUUAUAAGACCAAGGUGUCCCGCAAUGCAAACAUGGCUAAGCUUCAAGCUGGUUACCUCUUUCCUGAGGUUGCUAGAAGAACAGAGGCUCACAAGUUGAAGUAUCCCAAUGCAAAAGUCAUAAGCCUUGGAAUUGGUGACACCACUGAGCCCAUUCCAGAAAUUAUAACUUCUGCGAUGGCAAAGAGAUCAUAUACAUUGUCAACAAUCAAGGGUUACACUGGUUAUGGAGCUGAGCAAGGUGAAAAACAAUUGAGAAGCGCGAUUGCCUCAACUUUUUAUGCAAACCUUGGAAUAGAGGCAAAUGACAUAUUUGUGUCGGAUGGUGCAAAAAGUGACAUAUCUCGCCUCCAGGUCCUCUUUGGGUCGAAUGUUACAAUGGCAGUGCAAGACCCAUCAUACCCGGCUUAUGUAGACUCAAGUGUUAUUAUGGGUCAGACUGGUCAGUUUCAGACUAGAGUUGAGAAAUAUGAAAAUAUUGAAUACAUGAAGUGUACUCCAGAGAAUGGUUUCUUUCCUGAUUUAUCCACUGUUUCUCCUACAAACAUCAUAUUUUUUUGUUCACCCAACAAUCCUACUGGUUUUGCUGCAUCAAGGGAACAACUGACAAAAUUGGUACAAUUUGCCAAGGACAAUGGGUCAAUCAUCGUCUAUGAUUCUGCUUAUGCUUUGUAUAUGUCAGAUGAUAAUCCACGAUCCAUCUUUGAAAUUCCUGGAGCCAAAGAGGUAAGCCUGGAAUUUAUAUUCAAAAUUCUUUCCGCGAGGUUUGGGACCUUUGGGUUCUUUUCUUUGUUCCUCCUGCCUUUAAUUGUUAAUAAUCAACACCUGUGGUUGGGGACAGGAGCCACAGCUUAUACUUGAACACAUCUAGUCUCAUGGAAAAUUGUGAUUUGGUUUGUACAGGAUUCUAUGCAUUUUUUCCCUUUGGAGGAAUUUCUUUCGCAUAUAUUCCACCAUUGAAAAGAUGAGAAUGGUCUAGAUUUAGGCAAACUUUAGUACAGAAUAUCUGUGAUGGGCACAGAAAAGUCUGGACUCAGGUUUUGUGGCAGUGUUCACAUCUAGAUAUGCAUAACAUCUUGAUCUACAUAUGGGUAUUGCAGGUUGCAAUUGAAACUUCGUCAUAUUCUAAGUAUGCUGGGUUCACAGGAGUUCGUCUAGGUUGGACUGUGGUUCCAAAAGAACUCCUAUUUUCUGAUGGAUUUCCAGUUGCAAAGGACUUCAACCGCAUUGUUUGUACUUCUUUUAAUGGUGCAUCUAACAUUGCCCAAGCGGGUGGUCUGGCAUGCCUUUCACCAGAUGGUUUGAAGGCUAUGCAAGAGGUGGUUGGUUUCUACAGAGAAAAUACUAAUAUUAUCAUGGAGACAUUUAAUUCGCUUGGUUUUAAAGUUUAUGGGGGAAAAAAUGCACCAUAUGUCUGGGUGCACUCUCCUGGCCAAAGCUCAUGGGAUGUGUUUGGUGAGAUUCUUGAGAAGACCCAUGUGGUUACUACUCCUGGCAGCGGGUUUGGACCUGGUGGUGAAGGUUUCAUUCGAGUUAGCGCCUUUGGUCAUAGGAAUGAUGUGUUGGAAGCAUGCGAACGAUUCAAGCAGUUUUACAAGUGAAAGAAUAAUGUCACUUGUCUGCAUCACAUUCUGUGUUUUCCUAGCCAAAGAGCUCAGUUAUUUUGCAUGUUUUGGUCUUGUAGGAUCUUAUCAGGCCCCAUAAAUCAUGGGUGGCACAUUAGCUUCGUUGAAGCUUCUACUUUUAAGAAAUUUAAAGCAUUCUAUCAGGUAAUGAUUAUUGAUUUUGAGUUUGGAGAGCUAGAAAUGGUAAUGCUUGUUUUUAGACAUUUGUGGUGAAAUAUAAUUAGA